CUCGCGAGAUGUAACGCCUUCUCGAUUUUCCCGGCGGGGAAAGGUUCGGAUUAUGCAUUAAGGUUCGGAUGGUCUCGCGAGACUUCCCCUCCUUGCCUUUCUUUCCAAGAUGGCGGCGCCUCCGGGAGUCGAGGCGGCUUUGCAGCUGCUGGGCCGCAUUUCGCGGACCGAGGAGCCCUUCGAAGAGCUGCGGGCCUUGAAGGUGGCUCUGCAGGCGCUGCCUCCCGCUGCUCUCCGCGAGCGAGGCCCCGAUUUUCCCUUGGCCGGGUUGUUCGCCCUCAUGGGCCGCGGAGAUAGCAGUGAGCAGAUCUCCUUGUGUGUUGUCAUCCUCGAGCGCUUUCUCCAAGUCAUUGAUCCCUUGUAUGUCAUCCAGCACUUUGGGGAAGAACUUCAGAAAGGGCUCUUCCAUCCUGAUGAUGCAGUGAAAAUCCUCACCAUCUCUCAGGUUGGAAGGAUAGUUGAAGACCCGGAUGCCGUUCGGGAAAUCCUUAACACUCCGGAAUUGCUGAGGCAGGUCAUCUAUUGCAUUGCUGCGGAGAAAAUAGCUGUGGCUAAGGAGGCCAUCAAAGCUCUCUCCAGGGUUGCCGAAGCACCCGAAGGCUUGGAAGUUUUGCUUGUCGGGAACUUGCUCGUUGACUUGAAAAAGGUUAUGGCGAAGAGCGACAUCGUCCGCUACCGUGUCUAUGAGCUAGUCAUCGGCAUCUCCUCGGUGUCGGCGGAUUCCCUGAACUACUGCGUCAACAGCGGCUUGAUCUCGGAGCUGAUUGCAGAGCUAACAGGGAACGACGUGCUUGUCAGAGCCACCUGCAUAGAGACGGUGACAGCGCUUGCCCACACCCACCACGGACGCCAAUAUCUGGCCCAACAAGGAGUCAUUGAUAAGAUUUCCAAUAUCAUAAUUGGGGCCGACACAGAUCCUUUCUCGGGUUUCUACUUGCCAGGCUUUGUGAAAUUCUUUGGCAAUCUGGUGAUCGUGGACAGCCCCCAGCAGAUCUGCGAGAGAUACCCGGCCUUUGUGGAGAAAGUCUUUGGUAUGGCGGAAGGGCAGGAUCCGACCCUAUUUGGGGUCGGGGUGGACACCCUCGGGAUCCUGGGCUCCAACUUGGAGGGGAAGCUGGUCCUGCAAAAGAAAGGAAGCAGAUUCCUAAGUUUGCUCAACAGAAUAGGGCACCAGGCCAAGAAUGCCCCGACGGAAUUGCGGAUCCGGUGUCUGGAUGCCAUCUCGUCUCUUUUGUACCUGCCGCCAGAUCAGCAGACCGAAGACCUCCUUGUCCUGACGGAGUCCUGGUUCUCCUCCCUGGCCAGUCAUCCCUUGGAGCUUUUCAGGAGCAUCAGCACGCAGCCCUUCCCCGACCUCCAUUGCGGUGCCUUGAGAGUGUUCACUGCCAUUGCUAACCAACCCUGGGCCCAGAGGCUGAUGAUAGCCAGCCCUGGCUUUGUGGAAUACGUAGUGGAUCGCUCCGUGGAGCCCGACAAGGCCUCCAAAGAGGCGAAAUACGAACUGGUGAAGGCCUUAGCCGGUUCAAAGACGGUGGCGGAAAUCUUUGGGAACCAGCAUUACUUGAGGCUCCGGGCUUAUCUGCGCGAAGGGCCUUAUUACGUCAAGGCCGUCUCGACCACGGCCGUGGAGGGAGCCGAAUAGCCUUCCAAAGACUCAUGACUAUUGGGUUUGCCUUCUUGGGAAUGGAGGGAAAGUGGGGGGAAAAGAAUCUGAGGAAGGAAUUUGCUUAGUGUGGCUUUGAAAUGGGAGAUAAAUGGGUACAAACGACAAGGAGAUCCAGUUGAAACAUUAUGUUUACCUUCAAAACCGACCAAUCUUCUCAGUGCAGCUUCCUUUGAAGCUGGGAUAGAUGCAGUUGGAACCAGUUCUCCAUGGUGCGCUGCUUCAGUUUUGGCUUUUAGGUGCAAAGUACUCUUAAAUUUGGAGUUAUUUCACUAUAUUACUCAUAACCCGACUACUAUAGUAAGUGGGAGCAUUUCUUGCAUUUGUAAGAGGGGCUUGCUUUGAAUGAUGGUGAGGGUCGAGUGUGUACACUUGAUACUCAGGUUCACAAACACAGUGUGUUUUGUUCACACUUCAGUUUCAAGUGUGCCCUUAACUUCUCUUUGGGUCCGUGCUUAAAAUAGCCUUGCGUCCGAUUGACCUUUUGGACCAGAAUAAACGUUGCCAAACAAGGUAAAUAAUGAA